ACAAAACGAGCAUUCAUAUAUCCCCCUAGCCUACCUUAUGACCGCACUCGCAGCUGUAUAACCGCCACACCGAACACCUCGUUUCAAACGUCACCAUGUCCAAGCAAGCAAGAUACAUCCUCCUUUCGCUGCCAAAUUCCAUCUCCCCUUCACACCACCGCGACGAUACUCUGGAAACCAUACGCUCAACAGUCGCGGAUAACGGCAAUGUAGCUCCCUUUACCGUACCGGAGUUCAAGAUCGGGACGCUAGAUGCCUUGGUGCAACAGGCAGAUGAAUUGGGUAAAGUAGAAGGUCUCUGUGAGAAUGUCGUUAGCAAGGUGGGAGAUGUGCUUUCGAGCGUGCUGGAAGGCGAUGAGGCGCAGAUAUCGAGAAUGAAGAUGGUUAAUGAGAGGCCGUUGGAUCAAUACUUGCAGUCCUUUUCGUGGAAUAAGGUCAAAUACAGAGCUGACAAGUCGUUGGCGGAGUUGAUUGAUUUGCUACAGAAGGAAAUCACGAGUAUUGAUAAUGAUGUACGAGCAAAAUUCACCCAGUACAACGGUGUAAAGUCGAACCUGGCUGGUCUACAACGAAAGCAAACAGGAAAUCUCUCCACCAAAUCACUUGCCUCAGUUGUCGAUCCUAGCCUCCUGGUGCAAGACUCUGAGUACCUAGAAACUCACCUCAUUGCGCUCCCUAGCCGAGAUGCUAAGGAUUUCCUACGUGUCUAUGAAACACUUUCACCUAUGGUCGUGCCACGAUCUUCUGUACUGAUAGCCUCUGAUGAAGACUAUACUCUUUAUGGCGUGACAACAUUCAAGAAGCACAGUGCCGAAUUCAUCCACAAGUGCCGUGAGAACCGAUGGACGCCAAGAGAAUACAAGUACGUCGAAGACGGAGGAGAAGAGGAGCGUAAAGAGAUCGAUCAAGUUGCCGGUGACGCUAAGAGGCUGUGGGGUGAAGCUUUGAGGCUUGGAAAGACAGGAUGGGGUGAAGCUGUGAUGGUAUGGGUACACAUUCUUGCGCUGAGAAUGUUCGUUGAGACUGUACUGAGGUACGGGUUGCCGCUGGACUUUACAUCCGUCUUGAUCAAGAGCACGGGUAAAAACGCUAAAAAGAUCAAGGAUACACUCGACUCGGCGUAUUCUUACCUGGGUGGUAAUGCGUUUACUCGGGACAAGAAGGGUCGGGUUCGGAAGGACGAUCCGAACGAGAUGCAACAAGUGGGUGUUCCCGACACGGCUGCCGAAUAUACAGCUUUUGUAUAUUAUGAGUUCGAGGUUGAGUAG